CCUUUGCUGGGAUACCCAAAUUCUAUGCUUUUUCUCCUUCACAGUGACAUGUCCCCAUUCAUUAGCUCUCUCUCCCUCUCUCUCCUUCACAGGGACAUGUCCAUUGCUUGGAUUCCCAAAUUCUUUACUAUAAAAACCUUCAUAAACCUCACAGCAUUGCAUGGUCAAUCAAGCCUCUACUGAACACACUAGCUUGCACGUACAACUGUAGUCACACCAUUGCAUACCAUCCUUCUCUCCAUCUCCUGUUAGCUUUUACCCAAAAACUUAGACACCUCCUUCUCUUGCACUUCCUGAAGUUCUCUCGCCGAUGGAGAGGAAUAAUCACCUGCCCCGACAAGUUGCUCUAAUGAGGCAAUCCCUUUUUGAUCAGGGAUAUCUUGACGAACAAUUUGUUCAGUUGGAGGAGCUGCAAGACGAUGCCAACCCUAAUUUUGUUGAGGAAGUCGUGACAUUGUAUUACCGUGAUUCAGCUCGACUAGUCGCCAGCAUUGAGCAAGCAUUGGACAAGAGCCCUCUUGAUUUCAACAAGUUGGAUAGCUACAUGCAUCAGUUCAAAGGAAGCAGCUCAAGCAUUGGAGGCAGAAAAGUCAAAGCUGAGUGCUCGCAGUUUAGGGAAUAUUGCAGGACAGGAAAUGGAGAAGGAUGCAUUAGGACUUUCCAGCAAGUGAAGAGGGAAUAUGCAACGUUGAGGAAGAAACUCGAGGCCUACUUUCAGUUGGCAAGACAAGCAGGGCCCAGAGAGGCAGCUUCUCGCUCCACAUAGAAAAAACAGAGAAUCUGCUAAAUAAUGGCUUUUGCUACGGACUUAGCUUUAGAAGAAUAAUCUGCCGAAAAUAGUAAGCAACGGCUCGUGAAGGCUGCAACGUAUGAGCGCGAGCGAGCGAGCGAGUGGUGAGCUGGUGUCUGCUUGCACCAGAAAACUCAGAAGAAGAUCUUACUAGGGUUUCUAUGCUUUUCAAAAUUCACAGAAGUGACUUUGUAAUCUUAAGUUGAGUGGCUUGUAAUAUAUAUAUGAGAAAAAGAUAUUAGCUCUUUCUUGACUA